CGCCGCGUCGUUCGCACGUGCCGAUGUCCGCGACAGAUUUUCGUAUUUUAAUCGAAUUCUGGUGGAUAUUAUUUUAUUAUUGUAUUUUUUUAAAUACAAUAGUUGAUUCCGUUUUAAGGCGUUUGUUAAGUGGUAUAGCAAAUUUAUUUGAAUUAGAUAUAGACGAUGAAUAACCAAGUGAUGUGAUUUUUUUUUUAAUUUAAAUUUAUGAUUUUAUUUAUUCAACCUGUGAUAUAAUAUUGUAAUAGUGUAGUUGUAUUUAAUUUAAAUUGCAAAAUGCCUGAACAAGCCGGGAUUAUAACUAUUCAUCAAAUGCGACUGCACCGGUGUGAGGGGUGUCUCGCGGCGUGCGGCCGACAGCGGCGCGUCACGCCGCUCUCUACUGUACCUAGGACCAUAGCCAGGACCAAAGCACUUCAGAGGGCGAGACGUGGUCCAUACACGCAGACUAUGAGCAAGGAGAACUGCAUCAAGAUGGAGACGCCACCCACUCCACCAGAUAACGAAGCUCCUCCGAUGCCAUGGUUUGGCAUGGACAUCGGUGGUACCCUAACAAAGCUGGUCUACUUCGAGCCCCGUGAGACGAAUAGACGUGAACUGGACAAGGAGACAGAAGUUCUUAAGAACAUUAGACGAUAUCUAACCAGGAAUUCAGCAUAUGGAAAGACCGGAAGACGAGACGUCCAUUUACAGAUGGACAACGUGACGAUUCGCGGUAGACGCGGCACCCUUCACUUCAUCAGGUUCCCGACUUCCGAAGUCGGGGCGUUCCUGCAGCUGGCCAGGUCCAAAGGCAUGGCUGACCUGGUCAACACCAUAUAUGCCACCGGCGGCGGCGCUUACAAGUUUGAGGAGGAUUUUAUAAAGGAAGUAAAUAUGCGGCUAUCGAAAAUGGACGAAUUAGACGCUUUGAUAGCCGGCGUCCUGUUCGUAGACUGUAUGAAUGCACAGGAAUGUUAUUACUGGGCGCCGCCGGACGAGCAAGCCGUCCACACACAUGUUACUGACUCGCCGCCGUAUUCGGAAGCGGCUCUAAGUCUUUACGUGAGGAAACCCUUCGACUUCUCCAGCCCCUACCCGUUCCUACUGGUGAACAUUGGCAGCGGGGUCUCCGUGCUGGUCGUCAACGCGCCCGAUGAUUACUAUCGCGUCAGUGGUACUAGUCUCGGUGGUGGUACAUUCCUGGGUCUCUGCUGCUUGCUGACUGGAUGCAGUAGCUUUGAGGAGGCCAUAGCCCUGGCCGCCUCCGGAGACAACACGACCGUCGACAAACUCGUCAGAGAUAUAUACGGUGGAGAUUACGCCAGGUUCGGCUUGCCCGGAGAUUUGGUUGCUAGCAGUUUUGGACAGAUGUGUUCAGCAGAGCGUCGUGCGAAGGUGUCUCGCGCGGACCUGGCUCGAGCCACCGUCGUCACCAUCACCAACAACAUCGGAUCCAUCGCCAGGCUUUGCGCCUCUAACGAGGGCAUUGAGAGGGUGGUGUUCUGCGGCAACUUCCUAAGAGUGAACCCGCUAUCCAUGAAGCUGCUGUCUUACGCCAUGUCCUACUGGUCCAGAGGUGCUUUGAAAGCACUUUUCCUCGAACACGAAGGAUAUUUUGGUGCUGUGGGAUGUCUGUUACAUUUGGACAGUAAAACUCACAGGCGCAAGCAGGCUGAAGCCGCUACAGCGGACAGAUGAACGACAAUACACUACCCGCCUUACAUUAGAGCUCAAAUUCCAUUAAAACCUCGCUACCCCCCGUUACCAUAGCAACAGAUUGAUAAACAAACGAAAAAUCAACUUUAACACCGUGGUAUAAGGAAUUUAUUGGUUUAAAAUAGUUUUUUUAUGCGUGCCUUAUAUAUUUUUUUAAAGUUAUAUCUAUAGCUCCCAAAUUAUAUAAAAAAGUUUUAAAACGAUCGGUUUGAGAAGAAAAAUUAUAAAAAAACGAAUGAACAAGAAAACAAUAUGUUAUUCCAGACUAUAAUCUAUCUCUGUGCCAAAUUACAUUCGAUCCGUUCAGUAGUUUUUACGUGAGAGAGUAACAAACAUACAUCCGUACUUACAUACUUUUAGACAUUUAUAAUAUUAGUAG